AUGGCGAGGCCCCUAGCACCAAGUCAGCCCCUGCCACCAAAAGCGCCAAAAUUCUUCUGCGCCAACAUAGACGCACAGGAUCGUGUCGAUGACCCACCAGAUUCUUCUGUCCUCAUAGAUUAUAUCAGAAAUGCCUAUGAGGAAAAUGUACCCCGGGAUGAGCAGUUGCGCAAGGAAAAGCUUUUCAUGGAGGGAGUGAUGGUUGAUGCCCACAACACAGACCUCGUGUGCGUCUUCGUUGACGUGCCGAAUACAAACGACACCACAGCAAUCGUCUGUGCUUCCAUUUGCGAACUGGAAAGAAGAUACCAGGACGUCGCCGAGGACCAUAUUGGCCGCCCGCGAAGACCCAAUGACACUGGGUAUUAUAACGAUCACUUUGUUUGGAGCUGCGGCAUGUACCCUGGACAUCCACACGCUUCACUGAGGCCAGGGUUUGCCCGAAUUUGCUUCGCGUUCGCGACCAAAUCUGAACAUAGUGGCCAUAUAGUUCAGCAGGUGUAUCACAAUCUCAAGGCAAGAGACACAGAACCAGGCGAAAUUAUCAAUGAGUUCCAGAAUGAUAUGUCCGAGCAUAAUCCAGGUUUGCAACGGCAUCAUGAUCGGAUGAUUGCGCAACUGCGACGUUUUGAGCAGAGGCUCGUGGUUAGUCUGACAGAUCUGGAACUCGUCAGCCUCCCCUUUGAUAUACCCUGCAGUGGCAGCGAAACGGACAAUGCCUACGAUGCCGUUGAGAAAUGUCUGGCGGAAGCGAACAGGCUCCCGAGGGACAAUGUCGCUCACAUGUUACACCCAGAGGAGGAAAUUCCUGAUAGAAAGAAGAGGACUUAUUUCAUGUUUAGAACACCAUACGAGACUCAGAGCGGCGUGCUCGACUCCGAUUUGAAACCGAUUAUCGAGGGUAUUAAGAAAGCUCUGGACAAGAAGGAAGAAGGUCGAAAAAUGGUUCUUCCGAUUAAGUGGAAAGGUUGUGUUGUGUUUACGAAGGGAAGGAUUGAUAAUAUAAAGGAAUGGAACAGGUCGCCUAGCAACAUCAAUGCUGUAUCGCUGGAUUCCUGGUGA